CAGGCACCCACAGUGCGUCAGGCCGGCGCUUUAUAGCUACAGCCUGGGCGGCUCCGUUUGCUGUUUUUCCUCUUCUUUGGGUAGUGAUUUCACCUGCGGUUGGGGAAGAUGCAGCUCAAACCCAUGGAGAUUAACCCCGAGAUGCUGAAUAAAGUGCUGGCCCGGCUGGGGGUUGCCGGCCAGUGGCGCUUCGUGGACGUGCUGGGGCUGGAGGAGGAGGCUCUGAGCUCGGUGCCUGCGCCGGCCUGCGCGCUGCUGCUGCUGUUUCCACUCACCGCCCAGCAUGAGAACUUCAGGAAAAAGCAGAUUGAAGAGCUGAAGGGACAAGAAGUCAGCCCGAAGGUGUACUUCAUGAAGCAGACCAUCGGGAACUCCUGCGGCACCAUCGGGCUCAUCCACGCAGUGGCCAAUAAUCAGGACAAACUGGAGUUUGAGGAUGGGUCAGUUCUGAAACAGUUUCUCUCGGAAACGGAGAAGUUGUCCCCUGAAGACAGAGCAAAAUGCUUCGAAAAGAAUGAGGCCAUUCAGUCUGCCCAUGAUGCCGUGGCACAGGAAGGCCAGUGUCGGGCAGAUGACAAAGUGAACUUCCAUUUCAUUCUGUUUAACAACGUGGACGGCCACCUCUAUGAACUUGAUGGACGAAUGCCUUUUCCAGUGAACCAUGGCACCAGCGCGGAGGACUCGCUGCUGCAGGAUGCCGCCAAGGUCUGCCGAGAAUUCACUGAGCGUGAGCAAGGGGAAGUCCGCUUCUCUGCCGUGGCCCUCUGCAAGGCUGCCUAAUGCCCCGUGGGGAGGGACUAAGCUCUUUUCCCCUCUUUCCUUCAACAUCAAAAUAUGUCCCUACCAAUGCAGUCUUAAAAAUGCUUUAGUACUUGUAGAAAACAGCUGUUCCCCUUUGGUUCUGUAGCUGUACUCCCCCUCAGCCACACCCAGGCGCUAGCAGAGCUCAGCUGUCGACGAGCAGUUUGGUGUAAGCUUCAGACCGCGAAGCAUCUCCCGCACUGUGUGUCUCGUACCUCAAUAUCUCAUGCUUUAAAUGGCUACUUUGGUUUGUGUCUGUAAGGUAAGGCCUUGGAUGUGGUAUGACUUGUUUGUCCUUAUAAGUAAUAAAACUUUUCUGCUGAUAA